AAUAAACAAUAUCAAAGUUCAUCCAAUCAUUGAUAUAAACAGGCUCUGUCUUCACCCAGCCUUUAGUAGGUUGGACAAACUGAACAGCCAGGAAAGGUUCACCAUGUUGUCUGCACCCGUUGUCCUUUGGAUCUUAUCAGCAUUGGUUUGCAUAGGAAGAAGCCAUCAUCACAUAGGGCAUGGUGAGAAAGCCCAAGACACCACUGCAGACGAUGGCAACAACAAAAUCUCACUGGUGACCUCAGCAAACAAAGAGUUUGCCUUCCGUCUCUACAGGAAGGUAGCAGGGCAUGCAGCCUCCCAAGGCAAAAACAUCUUCUUCUCCCCGCUUAGUGUCUCUACUGCCUUAGCUGCUUUGUCUGUGGGGGCACGAGGUGAGACCCAUCAGCAGCUGUUUCGUGGUCUGGGCUUCAGCAGCUCCCAGCUGGCUCAGACAGAUGUAGACCAGGCCUUUCGUACGUUCUUUGCAAACACCUCUGAGGACAUUAGCCAAGGCACUGCUGUGUUUGUGGGCAGCAUCCUCAAGCUAAAGCCUGAGUUCCUAGAUGCCCUGAAGCAGUCCUUUUCAGCUGAGGGUUUCAGUGUUGACUUCACCAAAACUACAGAGAGCGCUGAUGCCAUCAAUCAGUAUGUCUCGAAUAAGACUAAUGGAAAGAUAAACAAGCUGGUUGAAAGCCUGGAUCCAGACACAAUCAUGUAUCUUCUCAGCUACAUCUACUACAAGGGAAAAUGGGAAACUCCCUUUGAUCCUCGAAAUACCAGGCAGGAUGUGUUCAGAGUGGAAGAAAACACUGAGGUUCAAGUUCAGAUGAUGGAAAUGGAAAAAGAUGUUAAUACUUAUCAUGACAAAGCUAUCAACACAUCGGUUCUCCACCUGCCUUUCAACAACUCCUACUCCAUGCUGCUGCUGUUACCGGAAAAUAUGACAAAACUGGAGAACAGUAUCAGCCCUGCACGUGUCACCAAAUGGUUGAAGUGGAUAAAGAGAGAGACGUACAACAUCUACGUUCCCAAGUUCUCCAUCAAGACCUCCUAUAAGCUGAAUGAUGUGCUGACUGAAAUGGGAAUGGCAGACAUGUUUGGGGAUCGUGCAGACCUCGGCGGCAUUGCAGAGGGACAGAAACUAGCUGUGUCUGAGGUUGUACACCAAGCCACGCUGGAUGUAGACGAGGGCGGAGCCACAGCUGCAGCAGCGACCGGUAUAGGCCUUAUACCUCUGUCUUUCCACUACGUCCCAGAGCUGAAGUUCAACCGUCCUUUCAUGGUGAUCAUCACUGAUCGAACUGCAGAAAACAUGCUUUUUAUGGGCAAGAUUGUCAACCCAAACAUCUGAGAGAAGACCUUUUGUUUAAGAACAGUUUUGUCAGUACUGAAUACAAAGAAAAUACUUUC